UAAAAAGUAAAAUAAUGCUCCUAUAAUAAUUCAACAUUCGCUAGAAAUAGUUAAAGCUGGCAUUUUAGCUGUUCGCGAAAUAAUUGCACGCCCCGCCGUUUGCCGCCAAAAAUGAAUGAAAACGAAAACGAAAACAAAAACAAAGUUUGAGGCAAGAGUUGCAAUAUAUGUAGAACCACGUGCCCGGUCGUUGAUGCAAGGAACUGGUUUUGGGCAGCUGUCGCAACAACAAUAACAUUGACAACAACAACAGAAAACAUUAAAGAGCAUGUCUAGGCGGCCAAAUUCCGAUCCCAUAGCGUUAAGCUAUUUCGAUUCCUGCCUACGGCUCUCGGAUGUCAGACUGCUGGAUGGUCCCCAUUGGCUGAACGAUCAGAUUUUGUCGUUCUACUACGAAUAUUUGUCGCACAGCAAGUAUGGCGCUGAUUUGCUGUUUAUAGCGCCGGAACUAACGCAGUGCAUGAAAUACAUGGAUGAGAAGGAACUGGCGGAGAUCUUUGCUCAGCACAAGGCGGAUAAAAAAUCGUUUAUUUUCUUUGCCAUCAACGAUAACGAAACCGCCGAAGCCGGCGGAUCUCAUUGGUCCCUAUUGGUGUAUUCCCGUCCGGAGAAUAGUUUCUACCAUUUCGACUCAUCGAGCGGCAACAAUACCGCACCAUCAAAGGAGGUGAUGGACAAAAUUAAAGCCCAGUUGGGCGCUCGACAGGCAAAAUUCCGCCCAACUCGUUGCCUGCAACAGGUCAAUGGCUACGACUGUGGCAUCCACGUCAUUUGCAUGACUGAUCACAUCGCCGACUAUGUUAAUCGCUACGAUGCUGUCGAGGGCUUGCCUCUGCUCCAUAUCGAUACAGUUAAAGCAAAGCGUGCUGAAUUGCUUCAGCUAAUCUCCUCGCUCGGUAGUAAGGUAACCCAAUGAAUAUUUUUAUGUCUUGCCGUUGAAAAUGAACUUAAAAUAAUAUAAGCUAGAGAAAUGGAUGUGUUUUCUGGGCCCCCACGAACCAAUGUAGGCUACUUUUUGUAGUUUACUUUGUUCCCUAUUAAUGAGCUUGUUGUAAUAAACUGAUGAGCUUGCUUGACUGAAAUAAAUAUACAUAUAGCUACGCUUAGAGAAGCGCUGGCUGAUCUGGGCGUCUGCUAAGCAAAGUAAA